GCUGGCUUGUGUGCGAUUUCCCUGCAUUUUAUUGAACAUUAACCUGAGCUUCACUGUUUGUGCAGAAUAUUGAUUAUUUUUAGUGAGUCCAAGAAGCAGAGUGUCAUCACAGCGCAAACAGCAGCUGGCCCCACGCAUGCCUGGUGCAGCAGAUGCGUGUUUAUGAUUAAACCUGCGGCUGGACUGGGAGGAUUUCUGCUCAGGCUUCAGCAGAGGCGGCCUCUCAGGACCCCCAGCUGCCCGUUUUGAGAUGGAUUAGGUCCAGCUGCAGUCAGCGGCUCCUGCAGCAGAGCUGCCUCUCUUCCAACAUGGCCGGUAAGAUCCAGACUCUGAGCGACGAGGAGCGCGCUCACCUGCUGCCGCUGCUGCGAAACGCCCAGUGGGUGGAGGCGGUCGGCCGCGACGCCAUCUACAAAGAAUUCAUUUUCAAAGACUUCAAUCAGGCUUUCGGGUUCAUGUCCAGAGUGGCCUUACAGGCGGAGAAGAUGGACCAUCAUCCCGAGUGGUUCAACGUUUACAACAAGGUCCAGAUCACGCUCAGCACCCACGACUGCGGCGGAUUGUCUCAGCGCGACAUCACUUUGGCCACCUUCAUCGACCAGGCCUCCCUCAUGUGACGCUGCCGAAACAUCGGUCGGAUUUCAAACGCCAAACGAAAGCAGAUUACUCUCAGUUCUCUGCGACAAAGAAAACAUGUAGCCGUUUGUCGAACCUGAGAAAACAGAAUCAGGUUUACGUCACGUUAGGAUUUGAGUAAUUCCAGCAGUCGUGAUCCAUUCCAGUCGGUGUUACAGAAAAACAGUGAUUUGUUGUGAAUGUUGUUUUUUGUAUUACGGUACUAAAAUGUUAGAUUGCAUUUGUGACCCGAUGAAGCUAAAUAAUGACCAAGACGCCAUUUUAUCAGGGUGAUUUUUGUAUCUUAUAAGGUAGAAAAGUUCUGACUUGAUCUUGUUGAGAGCUAAAGAGAGAAAGGGGGAAAAAAAACAUCUUCUUUCAAUUUUUGGUUUUUAAAAUAAAGAAAAACAAAAAACUUUUGGCCAAAGAAAUAUUGAUACAUUUUCUCCUGUGGAAAAUGAUGCAAAGAAAAUGGAUAGAAAAUAUUACUGGAACUUUUAGUGUCAUUUUGCCCGCGACAGACACAAAGGGCUAGCUAGCUAGCAAGGCUAUAUUAGCAGCUAGUUAGCGCUAGCUUCAACCCAAUGAAGAAAAUGGACAGAAAAUACAAGAGACAAAAAAAAAAGCUAUUAAAGUUAUUAAUGUUUAUAAAAAUAUGAUUUUUACAUAUUGUGACAGUUUGUUACAAAAUGUAAGAUUUGUGAUAAACGUAUUAAAAGCAAACAUACAUUAUUUUAAUGAGCCAAAGACAGGAAGGCCAAAACAAGCUAAAUUUAACUACUGGGCCACAAAGUUGAUUAAAACUGCAAGAUAUAGUUUGAUGUUUUGUUUUACCUGCUCAAAAAUAAACAUUUUUAGUAAAUCUGUAUAUCUUUAAAGAGAUUUAAAGAUAUACUUAUUAAAAGAAAAAGACAUUUUCCCAAAUAUUUGGAGGUCUUCAACCAUUUUUAACCAUUCUUGACAUGUUAAGGACCCAACAAAAUCAUUUGAAGAGCCACAAAUGGCCCCCCACCCACACUUUGGCCCCAAAUCUUUAUACUAGUGCGUCAUUAUUUGAGUUAUUUUAAUUAUUUUGACAUUUUAUUUGAACUACAUGUAAAUCCAUACUACUAAAUACAAUCAUUUAAUGAGAAUAAAGGGCAGACUGUUUAUUUUCUGUGGAGAAAAAACAUUAUUAGAGUAAAAGUUACAGCAAAGUCUUUAUGGAAAGAGUCGUUUUAGUCUUUAGGUUGUUUUUUCGCUGAGCCUCUGGCUGGACUCAGUUUAUAGGUUUAACAGGCAGAUAUGAUGUAAAUGUUACCGGACUGAUCGAUGAUUCAACACAUCAGGCACUGAAUAAAACAUGGAGGAACAAACAA